AUGAGCACAUUAUCACGAAUACUAGGGCAAACCCCGAGGUUUUCCUUUUUCAAUGAGCUCAUUGCUGUGUCAUCAGUACUGGCACUGCUGAACUAUGACUUGUUCAAGAUCAGCAAAACUGUGGACGGAAUCAUUGAGUACUUGGAAGAAGUACUACAUCUGUUUGAACAGGCCCGACGGUUAGAUCAACUGUCACAAAAUGAUUUGGAUUGGAUCUUUGAAGGUAAAGAUGGACUUAUGGAUAUCAUAAAAAACUUGGAGAGCAUUGAUGGGAUAAUAUCGCAAUUACUUAACGUUGUGGAUGCUUCUCCCCAGAUCCCGAGAACGUUACAACUCUUGCAUAAGUUUGAAAGAACAAGCGACCUAUUGUUGGAUGUUAAGAAACAUUCUAUUGUUUAUAAGAAAAAACUUGAUGUAUCAAUACAUUUUAAAGAUUUGGAUGGGGUGAUCAAAAGUUUAGUUUUAGAAAUGAAUCUGUGUCUGAAUAUGCUAUUACAAUUAAGAUCUGAUGGGAAAAAGAAUCAUAAAAAUGGAAUUGAUAAUGGCGAUACAUUAGAAACAAUCGUUGAACAAAUGAAAAGCAGUGGAGGUGGACAAUUGAAGCUCCCGACAGAUGAAGUUCUCUAUAGUCAAUGGUUAGAGUUACAAUCUCGAGUGAAACCAUUGGAAGUUUCUUUACAAUUUCUUCCGGUAAGAAUUGAAGAAAUGCAAACAAUUUGUAAGUCACUUACUAAUAAACUGAUAAUUGAUUUUCCUAAACGGAAAUUGGAUGAUAAUUAUGCAAAUUUGGUCAAUAAAUCAAAUUCUCUUCGAAAACAACUUGAAGAUGUCAGACAAGAGAUAUUUGCCAGUAAAUGGCAUGAUUUAUUCGAGUUUUUAAUACGUAAAACAUCUGAAAUGUGUAUGGAGUUAUUAUUGCAGGUCAAACAACAGGACAAAAGCGAAGAUAUUGGGUCCAAUUAUCGGCUUUGUUCGAACGCCAUUACCAUAAUUAAUAAGGCAUUUGCUGAAGAAAAAAUUACUGGAGAUACAUCUCUAAUUAUUGAAUUUAAUGAUAAUUUGAUUCCUAAGUGGCAAACUCUCAAUGAAGAGAUGUCUAACCAAUCCAAUCAUGAGCCCGUAGGUGGUCUGAAACUCAAAAGUUUGCCCGUGGGUGUCAGAAAUAGCGCUAUACUCAAACCAUACCAUAUAGUUCGGAAAAGUCCAACCCCAGAAGCAGAAAUUAAUCCAACUGCUGAAAAUGGAUUUGGAAUUGAUUUCGGUGUUGGUGUAAAGGCUAUUGAUCCAACAAAAGUCCCAUAUAGUAUCCAACAAAAGGAUAAAGUUAGAGAUAUAUUUGCUCACCGGAAAUCCCAACCAAAGGGUAAAGAACUUAUGAUGAAAUUAGCUAAAACUGAAGAUGAAGAAGAAAUUGUUCAUAAUAGAUCAAUGACGGAUUUGGAUUUUGAUGAAGAAGAGGAUGAAGAUGAUGAUGAUGAUGACACUAGUACUCUUGUUACAACGUCCAAGACUAGAUUUACUUCAUUCGAAGAUAAAGACAUUUCUCGAGGACUUUCUAGGCUUAGUGUUGAUGAAACACUUGGUAAGCAAGUCCUGUGGGAUUUCUUGAGAAACCAUAAGUCAGAUUCACCAUCUAGAAUUCCAUUAAUUGUAGUUGAUUUCCAUCUUAAAGGAUUUCCACGAAUUCAUAAAUUAAUUAGCCCUUGGUCAAGAAUUCCUACCAUUAGCCCAAAUCAUCCAGUUUUCCAUUCCGCUACUCCAAAGAUUAGACUAAAAUUAAAACCUCCUGCAAUGAUUGUGCGAGACAAAGUUUUCCAAUCACCUUCACCUAGAAAUGGAAAUUCAGAUGAUAAUGAUGAUGAUGUAUUCAGGAAACCAACCCGUAGACCGUCGACCAUUGACUCAUCCAAGCAUAUCUUGAGACCAGCUAGAUCUAUGUCGUCGCUUACAAAGACACCAGAACUCAAGUACGAAUCUCCCACUUGGCGUUCAACUUCGCCUGAAAGACCUACCUCCUCUAUUGGUUCACGCUAUGACGAUAAACACUUGUUACAACCAUUAACCAGUCCCAAGCCGGGCUGGAGAUAA